AUGAAAAAAGGCGGGUUCAGACUAACAAAAUGGAUCUGCAACGACAAAGGGGUCCUCAGAGCAGUCCCACAAAUGGAAAGAGCCAUGGAAGUGAAAGAAGUACUUUUGAAGGAUGACAGGCUCCCAGCGAAGCCACAAACGAAGCAAGGUUUCCUGAGUAUGGUCAGCUCCAAAUACGACCCAUUAGGAAUCAUCGCUCCAAGCACCAUACAAGCCAAAAUCAUAUUCCAUGACGAGUGCAGGCGAGGCAUCGGGUGGGAUGAGCAAAUGACCGAACACAACAGAGCAGCUUGGCGGCAGUGGCUAAAUGAUCUUCCCCACUUGUCUCAAGUACGUAUCCCUCGAUGUUACCACCCUGAAUGUGCAAAUCCAAUAACUACGGUACAAUUGCACCACUUCUGCGACGCCUCCCAGCAAGCAUACGGGGCUGUAUCCUACCUCAUGAUCACAAGUGGAGACGAAGCCCACUCUACCUCCUUUGUGUGCGGCAGAGCCAAGCUAGCUUCUCUGAAACAGCAAACCAUACCUCAGCUCGAGCUAGGUGCGGCAGUGUUAGCGGCCAAAGCAGACAAACAGCUGGGAAAAGAACUAGAGUUGCAGAUCGACAGAUCAGUGUUCUGGAGAGACAGCAUGAUCACCCUUCAAUACAUACGAAACAUUGAACGGCGUUUCCAUACCUUUGUGGCAAACCGGAUUGCAACGAUACAUGAGAAUUCCAACGCAGAACAAUGGCGACACACAAGCUCCAACCAAAACCCAACUGAUGAUGCCAGCCGUGGACUGCAUGGGGCAGAAUUGAAAACAAUUGGCCAAAGAAUCCAAAGACGAUUUCUAACCUUGCAGAUGGAGACCCGGAGGUAA